CCCGCCGAGCUGCAGACAGAGUUUAUAAGCAAAAACUGAGAGCAGAGGAGGCACCAGAGGCCGCUGCAGCCCGCCGAGCUGCAAACAGAGUUUACAAGCAAAGACUGAGAACAGGGGAGGCGCCAGAGGCCGCUGCAGCCCGCCGAACUUUAGACAGAGUUUACAAGCAGAUACUGAGAAUGGAGAAGGCACCAUAGGCCGCUGAAGCCCGCCGAACUGCAGACAGAGGUUACAAGCAAAAACAGAACAGAGGAGGCACCAGAGGCUACUACAAAACGCCAAGCAACUAUGAAAGAUACAGCUCAAAACUGCAGGGGAAUGGAACAAAGAGAAAAAUUACUCUCGAUGAGUGUGCUACUGUUUUCAUGUCCAAGAAGGACCUACAUACCCCUGCUGUUCCUGCCACCGACUUCACUACAGACCUGCAGUUCAACAAAUGAAGGUUGCAAAAUAUAAAUCCAACCAGGCCAUAAAUAACAUAAUGGAGGCCAGCAGUGAUGUAACUUAACUACUCAUGACAAAUCUUGGGUAUGCAAAACCUGCCACAGUGCGCUGAAGCAAGGAAGAAUCCCUACCCAAUCAUGGGCCACUGGACUUGAACUUGACUCAUACCACCAGAGCUAGCAGAACUGAGGCCUCUGGAGCUGAGACUGAUAAGUCAGAGGAUCCCCUUCAUGAAGCUUGUUGGGUUGCCAAAAGGGGGGCAGAAGGCUAUCGAUGGCAGUGCAGUAAAUGUGCUUUCUAAGCUGCAGCCAGUCAGUUUUCUUCUACCACAGCUACCAAACACAACUGAAGUAAUGCCACUAAAGCUUUAAAAAACACAGCUACAAGGGACACUACAUGCAUGAGUACAUUCGCCCUAAAGUCAUGGGGGCACUGCAGUGGCUACAACAAAACAACCCACUUUACAAGGACAUUACCAUCUGCACUGACUGGGAACGCCAGUGGGAAGAUGACGACCCAGAACUCUGGGAGGCAAUAGGAAAAGCUGGGCAUGAAGAAAUGGAAGUGGAUCGCAAUGAUGACACAACUACAGUAUCUGAUGCCGCCACUACAUUAUAUGUAUCCCCAGCCCCCCAGUCACCUCUGCCCACUGUUGAUGACUACACUGUUUUGAGGCACUCAGCAGAAAAGCAGAAGUUGAGGAUUAACGUGAUGGAGACUCAUGUGGUAACUAAUACAGUGUAAAACUCAUUUCUAGGUUUUCCAGGGACAUUGAUUACCUCCUUGCUGCUCAGUAUGCGGUAGAGGCCAAACAAGUGUCAGAUGACAUAGAGAUCUCACACCUUCCAACACCAAAACGUCCAUGCUGGCCUCAUGAAGAACAAAGACAAUGUCCAGGCAAUGAUUCGAACUGAUGCAACUUACAAGUUCAUGAAGAACAAAGAUAAUGUCCAGGCAAUGAUUUGCACUGAUGCAGCUUACAAGUUCAUAAAGAACCUGUGAGGAUUGCCAGCAUACUGGAACACAGUUUUGUUGGACUUGAUGGCCAGACAGAAUUCCAACAUGGUUUCUGACCCAGUCAGUUGCUGACAUGCAAUGGCCUGAAAUCAUACAGUGUAUUGCCCACCAGUAUGGGAAACAUCUAACAGCAGACGAUGUAAAGAACAUGUCAUGGGAGGAAAAAUGCAACUGGUUACGCUCAAAUUCUGUAACAGCUGCCCAUCAGUUCAAACACUGCCUGGAUUUAUUUUUCAAGAAUUUUUACAAGGGACAGCCAAUCCCAUUGGUUAACUACAGGACUACAUGAUCAGGAUAAAGUUCCUGGUCAGAGGGUCUCCUCAUGGUCCCACCAUUCUCUGGGUGAAAGACACACCAAAGCUGAAUGUCAACAGCGAUGCAGAAGUAGUCAACUUGAUUAACAAAUACCAAACCUGUGCCAUAUCAGGAGAAGACCUGAGAAAACCUUCCUGUCUGUACAAAAACAUGUCCACUCUGUCACUUGCCGAAAAGGUGAAUCUUGCAGGUUCAAGUUUCCACAUCCCCCAAGUAGUGAGACACUGAUGGCCAGGCAGUCAGACGAGGACUCUGAGCAAGUAGACACCGCUCUCCAGAUAAAAGCAGAACUUUUUAACCAAGUGCACAAAGUCAUGUCAGACAAGGAUAUUCCUGAAGACAUAAGCUAUGACACCUUUCUACAAAAAGCUCAGGUGCAUCCUCAGUUGUAUCAGGAAAUGCUGAAGCUGAUGAAGUCAGACACCAGUAUUGUGUUGAGACGUCAGCCAUCUGAACGAUGGAUCAACUAUUACAACCCCAAGAUUCUUCAAACAUGGGGAGCCAACAUGGACCUGCAGUUCAUCACAGAUCCAUACUCCUGCAUCAUGUAUGUCACCAGCUACUUGACAAAGAGCGUAAGAGCCAUGAGCAAGCUCCUGAAAAAGGUUGCAGAAGAAAACCGAGACAACGACCUGGAGUGUGAGCUGAGAAAAGUGGGACCGUCUUUUCUCAACAACAGGAAAGUCAGCGCCCAAGAAGCUGCCUACAGAAUGCUUUCCCUGCCUUUGAAAAGGGCCUGCAGGAAAGUGAUCUUUGUCAACACAGUGCCAAAAGACAAGCAAGUUUCCAUGUUGAAGCCACAGAAUCAGCUUCAGGAAAUGGAUGAUGAUGGAAACAUCUGCACUUCACCACUUGACAGAUAUUCCACCAGACCAGGUGAGCUUGAGAAGAUAUCCUUGGUGGAGUUCUCAGCCACCUACACCACUGGAGCAAAAGAUGGGCCAGAUGAAUUAUCCGACCACAUUCCUGAUGUGCUAAAUGAUGAAGAUAAUGAUCUCAAUGACAAACGUGAUGGAAGCAAUGACAGAUAUCCCGCUGCCAUCACGUUGAAGAAUGGACUGGGACAUAUGAAGAAGUGAAAGCGUCAUUGCAUCAUUAGGUUUCACCAAAAAAAAAAAAA